UGGAAUUGAUGUUAUUGUAUAUCCAACAAAAAGAUGUUAAAGUUACCAAAGGGAACCAAUAAUUAUGACAAUAACCUAUAAUAUUAUGAAUAAUAAAUUUAUAUAUGAUCUGUAUAAUAUGGCUUGAAUUGGAGAGAAAACCUUGAAAUAGCAAUUUAUGUUUUGGUUUGUAUAAUUUACAAAGUCCGUGAUGGCCCUAAGACUAUUGUGCAGAACAGGAAAGUACACAAAUUUUAUCCAUGGCACUACUCAUUACUCCAAUACUAGAUUGGCUAGUAUUUCCAACAAGAAAUCCAUCUACAAGAAAGAAGAGACACAGAAGUUCGGCUUCUUUGUUGUAAAGAAGUAUUUGCAAUAUGUGACAAAGUAUGAGCAGAUUUUGGCCAAGCGCUUUCCGAAGGCCAUGGAUGUAUAUAAGGUGAUAGUGAUGGGCGUCAAGGAUUUCUACACAGACGUCAAGCAGUUUGUGAAAAUCAUUAAAAUAAUGAAUGCCCCUGGGAACAGUAUAAGCACUCUGACCAGGAGGGAGAUUGAGUUGUACAACAAAAUGCCUAGAGACAUGCUUAAGAUUGCUCCAGUUUUGAUCAUCUCUGCUCUGCCUUUCGCGAAUUACGUGAUUUUCCCGUUGGCUCUGAUGUUCCCCAAGCAUCUGUUGACGCACCACUUCUGGAACAAAGAUCAGAAGCAGGAGUUCAGAAUGAUUUACUUGCAACGGCAACUGCGUUUGAAUUACGUUAUCUAUCAGGACCUAAUGAAUCAGUUGGAGACCAGGAAGAAGUUCUACCAUGUCGCUCAUAUAUUCGAAGAGAUGGAGAAGGGAAGACCCAUCGACGUCAGGGAUUUAAUCCUUUGCAAACAGGAGUUCAUGGAGAAGCCCUUCCACUUGAUCUAUCUACGUCACUCACACAUUAAACAUUUAGUCAAAUUUCACCGGCUCCAUCGCGGAUUCUUCAGGAGAGUCCGUUUAGGCGAUUACGCUUUGUUGCUCAAGGCAAUGGAUCGCGCUAUUCUGAUGGAAGGCGGUGUUCACAAUUUACCAAAGGAAGCCUUGAAGGACGCUUGCGUCUUAAGAGGUUUGAAUCCGACCAAUUUGCAAACGGAAUACAUGAUCGAUUACAUGAAGGAUUGGAUCAGGCUUUCCGAGGCGGUAGACGCGGACUCUCUAAGCUUACUGCUUCACGCUCCGAUAUUCCUUGGCUACAGUCAGGCCUCGAACAUCGAGCUGCUUAACACCAAAUUGGAUUAAGAUCUAAGGACAAAUAUGCGGCCACCACGUGAUAUUAAAUGAUAAGCGUGCGUGCAUUUGCGCGUUUAUCGCAAAGUGAUUUAUUUUAAUUGAAACCAAGGGAAAGUAAUAGUUAGGAUUGAAUGAAUAAAUAACGUAAAGUAAAUUUGAGUUGACUGACUCACUAACUUAACAUCGAUAGUUGUUAUUACAUUACAUUGCACUUGGGUUGUCUUUUUUGUUCCGUCUGAAAUUAUGAUUUUCAUCAUGGUAUUUAUUUUCUAUUGUUGUUUCUCUCGUUGCUUUUUCAGGCA